AUGCUGCAGACAGCUGAGCCAACCCUCCUGUGGUGGCAGGAAGUGCAUGCAAAUGGUGCAGCAGCAGCUGGAACAGGAACCACUGCAGCCAGCCCAAGGCUCUCGUUAAAGCCUCAGGCAGCCGUGCGAGGGCAGCGGCCGGGCUGGACGGGUCGGUUCCGAGGCGCUGCCCGCAGCCCGGGCCGCUCCCCAGGCUCUGCAGCACAGGAAAGCACCUACUUCCCAGUAUUUGCCCAAACCACUCGUCCCGAGAUGAACGCCUCCGAAGCCCCUUCCCUCGGCUGGUACCGAACAGAGUUACAUCUUCAGGGGGUGGGUUGCUUGGGAGCAGGGCCCGGCUGCAGAGGAGGCCGGAGGGACCUUCCCGGGCAGGCGACGAACGCUCCGGCUGCGCGAGACGUUUGGGCGCCAUCUCCUCUGCCGGGAGGCACGGAGGUCGGGUCUGCGCGGCGGUGCCGGGGAGAGGCGCCCGGGCAGCAGCGAGGCUUCACCAGCGUCUCUCAGAGCCUUUUCUCCGGCACAGCGUCCGGCGGCGGCCCCGCCGCGCCCUGGGGAGGCUGCGGGGGCGGCUGGAAGACGGGCCGCGUGGCGCUGCGGGCGCUCAACUGCUUCCUGGUGCAGAGCAGCUUCGUCCCGGACGAGUACUGGCAGUCGCUGGAGGUGGCACAUCGCAUGGUCUUCCGUUAUGGCUACCUGACCUGGGAAUGGGCACACGGCCUGCGGGGCUAUUCCUACCCCCUGAUCUUUGCAAGCAUCUACAAAGCUUUACAGCUGCUGGGUAAGGAUGAUGUUCAGCUGCUGAUAUGGGUCCCUAGACUUGCACAGGCAGUGCUGGCAGCUUUUGCUGAUGUGAAGCUUUACUCAUUAGUGCAACACCUUGAAAAUGCAGAAACAGCAAAGUGUGUGUACUUCUGCCAGCUGUGUUCCUGGUUUACAUGGUAUUCCUGUACCAGAACUCUAACAAACACCAUGGAAACUCUUCUUACCAUUUUUGCUCUUUCCUACUAUCCGAUAAAAGGCUCCAAGAUGGGGAGCAGCUGCAAAUAUUUAGCUUUGAUAGCACUUGCAGUUGUUGUUCGUCCCACCGCUGUUAUCCCAUGGAUACCUUUAUUCUUUAGUCACUUUUUGCAAGAGCAGAGGAAAACAAACCUUAUCCUACACCACUGCAUUCCAAUUGGAUUGGUCACAGUAGGAACCUCUUUAAUAACUGACCGUGUGUUUUUUGGUGAGUGGGUACUGGUUCAGCUGAACUUCUUGAAAUUCAACGUGCUGCAAAAUUUGGGGACAUUUUAUGGAUCUCAUCCUUGGCACUGGUACUUCACUCAGGGACUACCAGUGAUCUUGGGUACCCAUCUGCCUUUCUUUAUUCAUGGCUGCGUGCUGGCACCAAAAAGGUAUCGCAUCUUUCUAGUGACAGUGAUUUGGACAGUGCUGGUGUACAGCAUGCUGAGCCAUAAAGAAUUCAGGUUCAUCUAUCCAGUAUUGCCAUUUUGCAUGGUUUUUUGUGGGUAUUCUUUGAAGCACCUGAAGGCAUGGAAGAAAUCUGCAGCAAGUUUCCUGCUUGUAUCAAACUUGCUGCCAGCCCUGUACACAGGCUUGAUUCACCAGCGAGGCUCUCUGGAUGUUAUGAGCCACAUACAGCAGCUCUGUAGUAACUCCCAUCAGUCACAAGCUUUUGUCUUCAUCAUGAUGCCAUGUCACUCUACUCCAUUUUACAGCCAUGUUCACUGUCCUCUAAAAAUGAGAUUCCUUCAGUGUCCCCCAGACCUAAUGGGAAAUGAGAGCUACACUGAUGAAGCAGAUCUAUUUUACUCUGAUCCUCUUGGGUGGCUUAAUAAGGAAUUUUACAAUGACACAUUAUUACCCAGUCACUUGAUCUUCUUCAAUGUGCUAGAACAGGAAAUAUCAUCAUUUCUAGCUUUAAGGGGCUAUGAGAAUACAGCCACAGUCUUUCACACUCAUCUACCUCAAGGACGAGUUGGAAGCCACAUCUAUGUCUACAGGAAAAAAACCUGAAAUUAAAUCAUACCUGAAGAUCAGUUUCUAGACUUAAGACCUAAUGAGAUCAGUUUUGCAUAGCACUACUAUGCUUAGAAGACCUUGUACUGCAGAAAGGAGAUAGUAGAGAGUCUGAAACCGGGUAAGUCGAAUGGGGAAGUCUGAUU